AUGCGGACCGAAGCGGCGGCCGGCGGCGGCGCCAUUGCGGCUGCUCCGGCGCCCCCCGCGCUCCUCUGCUUCGACCUCAAGCCCUUCCUCGCCGCGCUCACCGUGCUCACGCUCCUCACCGCCGCCUGGCAGCUCCGCCCCUACCACUCCCUCCUCGCCUCCCCAUUCUCCGCCUGCCCCGACCUGCCCGCCGUCAAAUCCGCCUCCUUGCCCUCACGCCUCGUCUCCCUCCACGCCAAGCCCUCCACCACCACCUCCAGCUCCAACGCCUCCUCGCCGCCGAAGCCCGCCGCACCCGACCCCAACAGGCGCGAGUUCCGCGCGGUCGGCAGCGCGGCGGCGCUGUUCGUGCAGAUGGGCGCGUACCGCGGCGGGCCCUACACCUUCGCCGUCGUCGGGCUCGCCUCCAAGCCCACGCACGUCUACGGCAAGCCCUGGUUCCGCUGCGAGUGGCUGCCCGCCAACGCCUCCACCUCCACCUCCCCCACCCACGCCGCCAACACCUACCACAUGCUCCCGGACUGGGGCUACGGCCGCGUCUACACCGUGGUGGUCGUCAACUGCACCUUCACCACCCCUCCCAACGCCGACAACGCGGGGGGCAGGCUCGUCCUCAACGCCUACUACGGGCCCUCCGCCGCGCGGUACGAGCGGAUCGAGGCGCUGGAGGAGGCCCCGGGCGCCUACGACGAGGCCGCGUUCCGGCCCCCGCACAGGUACGACUACCUCUACUGCGGCUCCUCGCUGUACGGCGGCAUCAGCGCGGCGCGGGUGCGGGAGUGGAUGGCCUACCACGCGCGCUUCUUCGGGCCCCGCUCCCACUUCGUGUUCCACGACGCCGGCGGCGUCGGCCCCGCCGUGCGGGCGGUGUUGGAGCCCUGGGUGCGCGCCGGCCGCGCCACGCUCCAGGACGUGCGCGCCCAGGCGGAGUACGACGGAUGGUACCACAACCAGUUCCUCGUCGUCAACGACUGCCUGCACAGGCACCGGUAUGCUGCUAAGUGGACCUUCUUCUUCGACGUCGACGAGUACAUCUUCCUGCCGGACGGGCGGACGCUCGAGGGCGUGCUCGCUGAGCUCGAGCCGUACACGCAGUUCACCAUCGAGCAGAACCCCAUGUCGAGCAGGUUGUGCACGCGCGAUCCCAAUAACGACUACUCCAAUCAAUGGGGUUUUGAGAAAUUGGUUUUCCGGAAUUCAAUCACUGGGGUGAGGCGCGACAGGAAGUACGCGAUCCAGGCCAAGAACGCAUACGCAACAGGUGUGCAUAUGUCUGAGAACAUUAUCGGCAACACCACCCACAAGACGGAGCACCUCAUCCGGUACUACCACUACCACAACACCAUCAAUGUUCUCGGUGAGGUAUGCCGUGAGUUUGUGCCAGUACCUCCCAAAGGUGGCUUGACAUGGUCCGAGAAGACGCCAUGGUACUACGAUGACAGUAUGAAGCGGCUGGCGAACGCUGUGCGCGAAUUCGAGAAGAAAGCCAUCGGUAAUGUUCGUGUGUGAAUCUGGCAUGACCAUCAGAGAACAAAAUCGGUGUACCUACAGUGUUCCUGUUGGCCAUCUCCAUGAAGCUUGGCAAGGGUAUGCCUGAUGUUGUCAGUCUAACGAAUAACCAAUGAUCCGGAGCAUCUGAAUUGGCAGAUAUGUGAAGAAAGCGAAGCUGCAACCUCAACGA